AUGGCGGCAGAGACGACAGGAAAGCCCCGACGGCAGCUCUUCAACAGCCCCGCAAAAGGCGGCGCUGAUAACGGCGUCCGUGGCGCCGCCGGGGGCGCCGCUGAUGGUGUCCCCGCCUGCGCCGCGACUUCUGGCGGCGGGUUGAAAGAACACCUCGAAUCGCGAAAGAAACGCGGCGCGUGGACGGCGGCGGAGGACGUGGAGCUGCGCGCUUACGUGGCAAAGUUCGGCGCGGGAAAUUGGAAGCACGUGGCGGAGGCGACGGCGUUGAAACGCGACGCGCAGAGCUGCCGUCUGCGGUGGUCCAGCCACCUAGACCCUAAGGUCAACCGCGCCCCAUUCACGCCAGAGGAGGAUGCAAGACUGCUAGCGAGCGUUGCGUGGAGCUCCCACGGCGAAACCAAGUGGGCUGGGAUCGCCUCGGCGAAAUUCCCCUCGCGAACUGGUUACCAGAUUCAGAGCCGCUGGCACAGCCUGGUGAACAAGCAGCGCCGGUGGAUCAACGAGGGGAAAGAACUCCCCCCCUGCCUUGAAGGCGCGGGCACGGAGCGGGGGCAAGGAAAUACUACUACCGCCACAGACGCUGCACCUGUUGCCACCCCGCCUGGAAGGUCGGCAGGAAACACUAGCCCUGCUACUGUCACCCUGCCGCCCGAUGCCGCCCGGGGGCAGUCGGCGAGAAAAACAGCUGCCACAGAUGCUUUGGCCGUUGUGACAGCUGUUGCUGCUUCAAUUGCCGCUGGAGACUCUACUGAUCCCUCAGCCGUUGCUGCAUUCAUCCUAGCCCUCCAAUCCGCAAUCAACGGCCGCCCUCAACCCGCAGGCUCAGGCAAAAAUUUAGAACCAUCCACCCCUCUGAAUGCUUCCGUUGGUGCUGCUGCUACUCCCUCAACCACUGCUGCGUUCAUCCUAGCCCUCCAAUCCGCAAUCAACAGCCGCCCUCAAUCCCCAAGCUCAGGGACCCAAAUAGACCCAUCCACUCCUGCACGUGUUUCCCUUGCUGCUGCUGCUGCUGCUGCUACAUCCCCUUUAGGUGCUUCCUCUGUUGGUGCUACCCCUGCUGCUGCUGCUGCUGCUGCUGCUGCUCCCUCAGACGUUGCUGCGUUCAUCCAGGCCCUUCAAUCGGCAAUCAACGGCCGUGAUCUAUCCUCGAAGACGACAGGAUCGCGGCAGCGGCGACUCUUGAACAGCCCCGCAACUGGCGGCGCUGAUAGCGGCGUCCGUGGCGCCGCCAAGGGCGCCGCUGACCCUGUCCCCGCCCGCGCCGCAACUUCCGGCGGGUUGAAAGCAAGGGUCAAAUCGGGGAGGAAGCGCGGGGCGUGGACGGCGGCGGAGGACGCGGAGCUGCGCGCUUACGUGGCAAAGUACGGCGCGGGAAACUGGAAGCACGUGGCGGAUGCGACGGCGUUGAAACGCGACGCGCAGAGCUGCCGCCUGCGGUGGUCCAGCUGUCUCAACCCUAAGGGGGACAACUACACUAGUACUAGUGUUGGAGCUUCUGUCAACCUGCCCGCUGCCACCACUCGCGGAGGGUCAUGGGCGGCAAACACCACUCCCGCUGCAGAUGCACCGCCCGCUGCCACCACUCGCAGAGGGUCGUGGGCGGCAAACACAACUCCCGCUGCAGAUGCGCCGCCCGCUGCCGCCUGCAAUCGGUCCGCGAGAAAACCCGUCGCUGCUGCGGAUUCUCGACCUACCAUGACAGGCAGUGGAAUGGUAACAGCUGCUACCCCAGGUGCUAUCUCGGGUGCUGCCUCAGGUGCUAUCUCAGGUGCUGCCUCAGGUGCUACCUCAGGUGUUUUCUCAGGUGGUGCGUCAGGUGUUUUCUCAGGUGGUUCCUCGGGUGUUUCGCCAGGUGAUUCCCCAGGUGCCGCUGCUCCAAUCAUCACUGCAGCCUCUGCAGAUCCCUCAGCCGUUGCUGCGUUCAUCCUGACCCUCCAAUCCGCAAUCAACGGCCUCCCUCAAUCCGCAAGCUCAGGGAAAUGUUUAGAACCAUCCACCCCUGCGCGUUCUUCCAUUGCUGCUGCUGCUGCUGCUGCUGCUGCUGCUGCUGCCCCUGCUGCUGCUACUCCCUCAACCACUGCUGCGUUCAUCCAGCCCCUUCUCUCUGCAGGCAACGGCCCUCUUCAAACACCUACUAGCCCUACCACCCGUCUCCUUCCCACCCUCCAAUCAGACCCAUCCACACCGUGGCACUGGGCAAGACACAAGCCACAGCACGGCAUGGGGUUAGUGGCAUUUCCGAACGCAUUGAUGGAUGUGCCAUGUAUGGAUGUGCCAUGUAUGGAUGUGCCAUUCCUACCGCCCUGGCAUCCCACGCCCAAGCAGCGGGGGCAGCAGCACGUGCAGCAAUGCAGUGGCAUGUGCAGGAAGGGGUGGGGUGACAUCUGGCAUGUGCGAUGGGCUGCAGAUGAUGCAGUUGCAGGGAGGUUGGGGCUUUGCUGGAACAGCAGAGGAGGCAGCAGCAGGCUCAGGAGCCUCUCUGCUGGAUCGCGGACAGCGGUGAGACCGGCGGAAACAGAGGCAGGGGCGGGGUUGGCGGAAACGGCGGAAGGGGCGGGAAUGGCGGAAGCGGGGCCGACGGGGAUGGCGGAAACAAUGGCGGCAGGGGCGGGAAUGGCGGAAGCGGCGGCGACGGGGGCAGCAGCUCCUUCCGCGGGGGUCAGCACGAUUGGUCCAGCAGAGGCAUCGUCAGCCGUCGAUUUCUUGAUGAUGAUCCAGCCGCUAAAGACGUUGAAACGGACAGGGUGGGUUAAGCGGGGAGUGCAGGGCGCAGAGUCGAUCGGCGACCACAUGCACCGCAUGGCGCUCAUGGCGUUUGUCUUGGCUGGAGUGGAGGGGAUCGAUAGAGAGAGAUGCAUCAAGAUGGCAAUUGUGCAUGACGUGGCAGAAGCAAUUGCAGGGGACAUCACGCCAUCCUGCGGAGUGGGCAAGGAGGAGAAGCACCAAAUGGAAACGGAUGCUCUUGAGAAGAUGUGUGGUGCCCUAGGCCCCAACCGCAAGGCGGCAGCUGAGAUGCGCGCUCUCUGGGAGGAGUAUGAAGCAAACGAGACAAACGAAGCCCGACUGGUGAAGGAUUUUGAUAAGAGUAGGGAAGGACUCGAACCAUAG